UUUAUGUAAGUAAAUUACGAAGCGAUUAUUGACGGUACUUUAAUAAUUUGAUGGAGUAGAGGCUAAAAACAAAAUGAUGAAGUGGCAGGAAAUAAAUGAACAGAACAUGUGGGAAUUAUUUUCGAACAAAGAAGGAUACAUUGUAUACACCAAGAAGAAUCCAGAAAAUGGUAUCAAUAUGAAUAGAUCCCAAACGGAAAUUGCCAGAACACCCGAGUAGAUUCUAGAUUUGGUUGCUGAUGUCAAUAAACGACCACUAUAUGAUGAAAAGGUGGAAACUGUAUGUUUUCCACAUAAUAUAAUAGGCUCAUGUGGUUGAAUAAAUAGAUGCCAACACCAGAGUUAUUUAUGUGAGAAUCAAACCACCCAUCCCAUUUAUGAGUAGCAGAGAUCUAGUUAUGGUUUAGAAGGUUUAUAAACAAAAUGACGGAGUUUAUAUUGUAUGCUGUACUCUCUUUCUCAAUAUCAUUAGCUAAGUCAAUUAUUCAUCAAAAAACUCCUCCAAUUAACAAAGUCGAAAGAGCUGAAAUGCAUCUCAGUGGCUGGAUCAUCAUUCCACAAUAAAAUCAAAUGACUAAGAUUGUGACCCUCUAAUGUUUUGAUCCGAGAGGAGAUGUACCAACUUCAGUCACCAAUCAAUAUGCCAAACUCUAGACAGACAUGAUGAAGGCUGCAGUCAAGUACAUUGCACUUAAUUAUAAAUGAUUCAUAAUAAAAACAUAAUUAAAUAAAUUCAUA